AUGCUUGCUACAAGCCUGUGCGUUGUCGAUGCAAAGGGGCAUACGAUCGCAUGCGUGACAUAGCAUAUCGCUUCGUGGGUAUGGUAUCGCGAUACCUACCACUUUUCUGGAGCGAGUCGUGAUGGCGUUUCAGAAUGAACGUUCAUGAACCUGCAAAUGGGCGUCUCUGUACCGGUUCGCAAUCCAUUCUGUUGUCCUCCCCGAGCCAGCACGCUUCAGAUGUGGGAUGUACUCAUCGAUCUCAAGUCAAACGUGCCACAACGAGAGCUUGGAGUAGCUGGUUAUAUAACAUGUACUGCUCGCCCACAUUACAUGAUUCUGUCUCGUAUCAUGUCGACCAAUACGCUAAUCGGACAGCCGACUGUAACGAACUAUAUCAACACGGUCGUAGUGUGCACAAUAUACACAUACGAUCGUUGUCUCACCUUCCCGCAGGAGGUAAACCUUGUGUGGCGGCGCCGCGGCAUGUCUGUAGCGACUGGUCUCUAUAUGCUGCUGCACAUGUCCACCACGAUGAUCCUGUAUUCAUCAGUCGUUUCAUUAAUCUAUAAGGCAAAUUACAAGCUGUGUCACCGCACGUGUCUGGACGGAGUGCGCCACGGUAUUGUUCUACAUCGCCAAUGGUGGUGCGUUACAUUGUCAUCUUCGAUUACUAACUUAUGUCAGUGCUGCAUUGUCUCAAAAGCUUUCACCACGCUUCGUGCCUACGCCAUCAGCAAUCGUUCCGUACUUCUAGCUUUCUUGAUCGGGUCGUCGUUUCUAGUCGUUGCCGGCGCCUGCAUCUGUGCGAUUUCCACGGAAAUGGUGAUUCCCGUUUCAGGCCUACCUUUUGCUUGCAUUCUAGGUUUCAACGGUGAAGCGUUCGGUCGUUUGACACUUGUCGCGCAAGUGUUUGUGAUCUUGCCGGAGACAUUACUGGUGACGGCAAUCUGGUGUCGUGUGCACUGGCAUGUGGUCAUGCUUGCCAAAGAUGCACGGAUCCAUGCUCCCCUUACUACGCUCUUCUUUCGAGAUGGCACAAUCUAUUUCAUCUUGAUCCUCGCCCUUGUGGUAUCAGCACUGGUUCUGGGCCUCACAGAAGUUGUUGGUUUUGUCAACUUCAUGCCACAAAUAAACUCCACGCUGCAGACAAUAUUGCUGUCGCACUUCUACCUCAACUUACACGAAGCAAGCGCAAAUCGGGGCGACACGCUCUCCGGCGCAUCACAGCAAUCUGAUCUCCGCUUCGCGCGUGUUGUAGGAACACUUGCGCACUCCUCCGUAUAUGACGAUCAGAGUAUCCUAGCGCAGGGAGACACGGACGUAGAAGACGCUUCCGAUGCGGACGAGGAGCAGCGGGAACACCGAAAAGUUGAGACCGAGGUAUCGGUGAUCUCGCGGAGCAGCGCCGUGGACCACGAAUCACAUCCCUUCUGAGGUCAUUUCCGUAAAAGGUCCCCGGAAAUUGAAUCU